AUGCUGGAAGAGUUUGCCGCCAAGAAGGAGUCCGCCGAGGCCGCUGAGACGUGCAUGCCCACCGAGGAGGGCGGGACAGAAGCGACGGCGAGGAGCGACGGAGAUGUCUUCCAAGUGCGGCGGAUCGAUUUCCUCGGGGAGGAGGUGCCGAUCUUACUGCAGAACCGGAACGGCCCCUGUGCGCUCUUGGCCAUUGCCAAUGGUCUCUUGCUUCGAGGCGCCUGGAAUUUGGGGCAGAGGGAGACGAGCAUCAGUAGUCGCGAUUUGCUGGGCCGCUUGGGUUUCCUGUGUGACGAGCUCAACUUCAAGGCCAUGCAGGAAGACUUCACUCUGGCACAGAAGGUGCGAGACGUCAUCAGUUCCCUGCCAAAGCUCUUGGACGGUUUACUGGUCAACUGCGACUUUGGUGCGUGCGGCUCCUUCGAGGACUCUUCCAGUCGAGGACUCUUUGAACUCUUUCGGCUGCAGCUCUUCCACGUUUGGGUCGACCUCGAGGUGCACAAAGUGGUACCGACGUGGAAUGAUUUGAUGGACUUGUUAGCCAACUCAGCGGAGCUGCGAGCUGAGGACCGGAGAGCGUUCUCCGAAGAGGAGGAGGAGACUCUGACAAAGGCCGCCCUCCUGGAGGAGUGGUUGGAGGCGAAUCGCGCCCAAGCCACUCAACGCGGCAUCCUGGAGUUGCAGAAGCAGGUGAAGACGGGGGACAUUUGUGUGCUCUUCCGGAACAACCACUUCUGCACCGUGUACAAGCCUGGCCACAACUCACCCUGCCCUCACUGCUGCAUGCUGCUCACCGACGAGUGCUUCUCAGACGAGUCCUCGCCAGUGUGGGAGACCUUAGUCUUCGGCGAGGGCCAGUUCCUCGAUGCGCAGUUCUGCAGCAUGGAAUCGGAGGCCGAGGAUGCGAAGAGCGCGUGGCCUCGCUUGGAUAAGAGGAGGAAGAACACGGGGAUCUACAACUGCAACUGCGGCAAGUACUUCAGUACGCUGAAUGGGUAUAUCAUCCGAGAUGAUGGCAGCCGAGUGGAUUUGAGGUGGGUGAACAAGGACUUACGCUCGCAGAUCGAGCUUCAGUAUGGUUGGCGCGUGGAGCGGCACAUGGUCGAUGGGGACUAUGUGAUCUUCAAUCGACAGCCUUCGCUGCACAAGAUGAGCAUGAUGGGACACCGAGCCAAGGUGAUGCCCUUUUCCACCUUGAGAUUCAACUUGGCAGUGACCUCGCCCUACAACGCGGACUUCGAUGGGGAUGAGAUGAAUUUACACCUCGCCCAGUCUCACGAGACGCGUGCGGAGAUCAAGCACAUGAUGCUGAAUCCUCGGCAGGUGGUCUCUCCCCAGGGCAACAAACCGGUCAUGGGCGUGGUCCAGGACAGCCUUUUGGCCACUGCCAAGUACACCAAGCGAGAUACCUAUAUGGAGAAGGACUUGGUCAUGAACAUCCUCAUGUGGCUCCCUGUGUGGGAUGGUCAACUACCAACCCCAGCAAUUCUAAAGCCGAAACCGCUCUGGACCGGGAAGCAGAUCCUUUCAAUGCUUCUGCCAAAGACCUUGUCCAUGAAGCGGGAUGCGGCCAUCGCGACGAAGAACAAGAAGGACGAACCGGACUUUGCGGCCUCCGAUUGCAAGGUGCUCAUCGUGAAUGGCGAGCUCUUAAGCGGAAUCAUUUGCAAGAAGACGAUCGGAUCUUCCAGUGGCUCCUUGCUCCACUUAGUUUGGCUCGACAGUGGCCCAGAGUGGUGUCGCAAUGUGUUGUCGUACAUCCAGAAGAUGGUGAACCAGUGGCUGACCCACAAUGGGUUCUCCUGUGGUGUGGCAGACAUUAUUGCCAACGACCAGACGUUGUUGAACGUGGAGAAGACCUUAAAGCAGGCGAAGAAUGAGGUGCGCAACAUCCUGGCCGACGCCCAGCGCGGGAAGCUGGAGACACAACCCGGCAAGACCAUGUACCAGUCCUUUGAAGCGCGGGUGAACCAGCGCCUCAACGCCGCGCGCGAGGAUGCCGGCAACAUCGGAGGCAGCUCCCUCGACGAGCGGAACAACAUCAUCUCCAUGGUGAAUGCUGGCUCGAAAGGGUCGCCGUUGAACAUCGCCCAAAUUGUCGCGUGUGUGGGUCAGCAGAACGUGGAGGGCGCACGCAUCAGGUAUGGCUUCAACGACCGGACGUUGCCUCACUUCACCAAGGAUGACUACGGCGCCGAAGCCCGGGGCUUCGUGGAAAACAGCUACUUGGCCGGGCUCACGCCUCAAGAGGUCUGGAUGCACGCCAUGGGCGGCAGAGAGGGAGUCAUUGACACCGCCUGCAAGACCUCGGAGACCGGGUACAUCCAGCGGCGGUUGGUGAAGUCCAUGGAGACCCUCAAGGUGGCCUAUGACGGCACGGCACGCAAUGCCUGCAACGACAUCAUCCAGUUCCUUUAUGGCGAGGAUGGCAUGGAUGGCCUGUGGAUUGAGGACCAGACGUUGGACAUCAUGACUUACGAUCACAAGAAGUUGGAGAGUUCCUUCCAGCACAAGUACCGGGAGCCGGACUAUGGCCUGGAUUGGCUGGCCCCAGAGGUCGUCCGCAAGAUCCAGGAGGAUGUGGGGCUUCAGAAGGUCCUGGACGACGAGUGGCAGAGGCUGAAGGAAACCAAGGACCAAAUCUGUAAAGAGGUCUUUCCGGAUGGUGAUGUGAAACAGCACAUCCCCAUCAACAUUACGAGGCUCCUGGACCGCUCGCGGCAGCGCAUCCAUACGGAGGACGGCAGCAGCGCCGAUGACAGGUAUACGCCUGUGGAGGUUGUCGAGAGGGUGGAGAAACUGCUUCAGGAGCUGGAGGUCACCCGCGCUAUCGCCGAGGGCGAUACCAUUGGCCGCGAGGUGGAAGACAAUGCCAAGGUGAUCCUGAAUGCUCACCUGCGCUGUGCCUUGGCAUCAAAGAAGAUCCUUCAGAAGGAGCAGCUGUCUAAGCAGUCUUUUGACUGGCUCCUGGGCGAAGUGAAGCAGAAGUUCAUGAAAUCCCUGGCACACCCAGGCGAGGUUAUCGGCACCUUGGCGGCGCAGAGUGUCGGCGAGCCGGCCACGCAGAUGACGCUGAACACCUUCCACUUCGCCGGGGUGGGUGCCAAGAACGUCACCCUGGGCGUGCCGCGCCUCAAGGAGCUCAUCAACGUUGCGAAGAAGGUGAAGACACCUUCGCUGGCCGUCUUCUUAAGCGGCGACCUGGGCCAAGACCAGGCGCGCGCCAAGGAUGUGCAGAGCAUGUUGGAGCACACCACCUUGGAGAAGGUCACCUCCUUUACCCAGAUCUUCUGGGACCCGGACCCAGAGCACACGCUGGUGGAGGAAGACAAGGAGUGGGUCAGCCUGUACUACGAACUCCCGGAUGAGGACGAAAACCCCGAGCGCUGUGGGCCCUGGCUCUUGCGGAUCCAGUUGAGCAACAAGGUUAUGACCGAUAAGAAGCUCACCGUCCGAGAGGUGGGUGAGAGGAUCCUGCGAGACUUCAUGAAUGACCUGGAUUGCAUCUUCACGGACGACAACGCAGAGGAGUUGGUCUUGCGCAUCCGCUUGCUCAAGGAAGCCGACCAAGUGGGUGCGGCGCCAGGGCCUUAUGACCCUCAUGACGACACGGAGGAUAAGAACUUCAAGUUCUUGAGGAAUGUGGAGACGAAUAUCCUCAAGGAGAUGACCUUGAAGGGCAUCGUGGGCAUUAAGAAGGUCUUCAUGCGUGAAGAUAAUGUCAACAAGUACGACCCGCGAACGGGGAAGUUCGAGCGGACCAAAGAAUGGGUCUUGGACACCGACGGGGUGAAUAUGGAGGAGGUGAUGCUCUUGGAAGAGGUGGACUUUCACCGGCUGCAGAGCAACGACAUUGUGGAGAUCCUCAAUGUCCUAGGCAUCGAAGCCACCCGGAAGGCCUUACUCUUCCAUGUGCGGAUGGUCAUCUCCUUCGAUGGCUCUUACGUCAACUACCGCCACUUGGGCACCAUGUGCGAUGUCAUGACCAACCGAGGGCACUUGAUGGCCAUCACGCGGCACGGAGUGAAUCGCACCAACAUGGGGCCGCUGAUGAAAUGCAGCUUUGAGGAGACGGUGGAGAUCUUGAUGGAUGCGGCCAUCUACAAUGAGACGGAUCACAUGCGCUCGGUCUCUGAGAACAUUAUCUUCGGGCAGCUGGUCCCGAUCGGAACUGGGAGCUUCGACCUUCACAUGGAUGACAAGACCACGGAGAACGACUUGAACCCCGCCUGCGCGCUGGAUCAUGCGACCGUGGUUUUGCCCUCCAAGUUCAAGAGCCGCGAGACCUUUGGAGUGAACAGUCCCAUGCCACACCAGAUCGACGCGGAGUCCUUGCCGGCUGAAACGCCCAUGGAGGAGACACACCAGGACCUGAUCCCCACGACGGGCGGCACCUAUGCCAAUUUGGGAACGGUGGAGGUGUCUCCUGGCAGUACACCGCGAUUCCAGCAAGUAGGCAAGUUGGACACUCCCCUCGCCACUCCCGGGACCAUCGGUACGCAACAGUACACUCCUCACGCGUCGGACCUCACGCCCUUCGAGUACUCGGUGGCGAGCACCAUCAGCCCAUUGUACUCUCCGGCUAACAAGAAGGAAGAGGAUGACAAGGACAUGGAUGAGUUCGACUACUCCCCAGGGGCCUCGGUGUACAGCCGCAGCGCACCGAAGACGGGCCAGUCCAUGGCGAGUGGGAGAUAUACUCCGGCCAAGACGCCGGGAAGUGUGUAUGCGCCCAAGACUGCCAUGUACACGCCUUCCGCGAUGAGUCCCUUCUCGCACAAGAGCCCGGGCUACACGCCGAUGAGCAGCCAGUACGGUGCAGGCACGCCCACGUCGAGGUUUGGCGCCACACCCGGCCCAGGAGGCUACUCGCCCUCGAUCGCGCCUGCAAGCCUGGCUCCCAGCGGGAUGAGUGAAGAGGGCGCAAGCCCCAUCAUCCAGGAGCAUGCUGGGCCAGACAUAGCCCUUUUUGGUGCUGAAUCGCCCAGCUACACGCCACAAGACGGUGAGGGGCCCGCCGCGCCGGCACCCUCUGCGGUCUUCUCGGCCGUCUCCGACGUGCGAGCGGAGGACGUGGCCUUCGAUGAGGAGAUGGACUUUCCAGCUGAUGCCGACGAGUGA